CCAGGCUUCAGACCCAGAAAUGGUUAAUCGAUACUUCGAUCUGCUAGAGCGUACGCUAGAGGAAAAUGAGUUGACAGACCAUCCUGGGCAGAUUUUCAACAUGGACGAGAGUGGCAUGCCACUUGACCCGAAGGCGCCAAAGGUUGUGGCAGAACGAGGUAGUUCAGUUACUACGGUUGGGUCAGGGAACAAGUCCCAAGUAACAAUAGUAGGGUGCUGUAGUGCUACCGGCCUAUGCAUGCCUCCAAUGGUCAUCUGGGACCGUAAGACACUUGCACCAGAACUAACCAUUGGUGAGGUCCCAGGCACAAUAUAUGGACUUUCGGGCAAUGGGUGGAUGGACAUGGAGCUUUUCCACAUGUGGUUCUGUAACCAUUUUUUGAGGUACGCUCCUUCAGUUCGACCCCUUCUCUUACUGAUGGACGGGCACUCCUCACACUACUGCCCUGACACCAUUCGUCUUGCAGCACGUGAAAGGGUUAUCCUUUUCACAUUGCCUCCGAACACCACCCACAUGUUGCAGCCUCUGGAUAGGGGGUGUUUCGGACCACUCAAAAUGGCAUGGAGGGAGGAAUGUCACCACAGAGCCUGGAGCAGAAGUAUGACGAUGGCAAAUGUCACCGCUGGCUUCAGAGUUACCGGCAUUUAUCCGCUAAAUCGGAAUGUGCUUUCUCUGGACACUUCUGUUGCAAAGCUUAGCCAGAAACAGGUCUCUUCCUACCGAUGCAUAGCCCCAUGUGCCAGUCAAAAAAGCGAGUUGUCUUUGAUUUUACCGAUGAAGAGAUAA